AUGGAGAUAUUCCCUAAAAGCGACAGAAUAGACCUAUGGGAUAUAGUUAAAGAAAGUGUAACUCUACCAAUAAAAAAGGAGAAUAGUAUUGAAGUGCUCAAGACAAAGAAGGAAUGGUCUUUGAAAGAAAGAAAGCUUUAUUCAAGGGAUAGAAAGGCCAUGAACAUCCUCUAUUGUGCUCUAUCUAGAGAAGAGUACGAGGUUAUUGAACAUUGCCUUUCCGCUAAGAAAAUUUGGGACUCAUUAGCAAACAAACAUGAGGGAAUAACUCAAGUCAAGAUAAAGAAGACUAAAUUCUUAGUUCAUGAGUAUGAAAUGUUCCAAAUGAAGCCGAGUGAAAAGGUCUCUGAAAUGUAUAGCCGACUUAUGAGUAUCAUCAACGCCUUGAAGAAGCUUGGAAAGAUGUAUCAACUUGAAGAGAUCAAUAAUAAAAUUUUGAGAGUUCUUCCUAGAAAGGAGUGGGAGUCAAAAGUGAACUCCAUUGAAGAAGUCAACAACCUUUCCACACUUUCUACCGACCUCCUUAUGGGCAAACUUCUCACUCAUGAGAUGACCAUGACGAAUGAUCAAAAAGAAAUAGCCAAGGAAGUCAAGGAAAAGAAGAAGAAGUCAAUUGCACUUAAAGUCAAGGAAGUCAUCAUAAGUGAUAGCGAAAGUGAUCACAGUGAUGACUAUGAUGAAGAUCUUACUCUCAUCGCCAAGAAGCUAAGGAACAUACUAAUGAAGAAAAAGAAGCUUGGCAAACCAUUCAAGAAGCUUGAUGAUGCAAAGAAAGAAUCAAUCAUAUGCUUCAGUUGUAACAAACAGGGUCACAUCAAAGCAGACUGUCCCAAGCUCAAGAAGUAUCCUAAGGAGCAAAAGAAGAAUGAACUUAAGGCUACUUGGGAUGACUCUAGCAAAUCUAAAGAUGAUAACAACUCGAGUGAGAAUGAGGUAGCAAACCUUUGCUUGAUAGCAAUGGAGGAACCUACAAACGAUGAGGUAAUUGACUCUAACUCCCCUACUUAUAAUAAACUUGUUGAGAUGUAUGACAUUACAAUUCAUAAGUAUGAUAAAAUGAAAUUAAAGAAAAAAUUCAUUGAGAAUAAAGCAAAUGAACUUGAGAAGCUAAUUGAUGAAUUAAAAAAGGAGACUAACUUACUUUCUAAUUAA